AGUAGAUCACACAAAGUAUUUUGUUGCACUGCUGCCUUUUUAAUGUUUUCUAGUCUAUUUUUAUGUGAAGCGAAACUAAAAAAUGAGAAGAACUUAAAUGUGCACGCGAUUGAUAAAUACAUAAUUGAGUUGUGCUCUCAACUAACAAAAUAACAGUUGGCGUACGAUUAUGGUUUAAUAGUCUUUAAGCAAAGUUCGCAGCGAAAAUAAUUUCGGCGCCCCCCGUUUGCGACGUGUAUUGGGGCGCGGCGCUCUAUUGAAAAACUAAAACGAAUAUUGCAAAGUAGUAUUUUCAUAAUAUUUUAGCUUGCGAUUGUAUCGUCAGACAUCUAUAAUGGCCGAGAGACCAAAAAAUUUGUUUGCAACUGGACCGAGUCGGUCACGCAUUCCACCUGAUCAGCUCAAUUUGAACAAUCUUAGCAUUCGACACCCGCCAUCGUCUACUUCGUCAACAUCUUCGGGUUCAACAUCUUCAGGCUCAAGUUCCUCAUCGCAGCAAAACAAUGUUACGUUACGUUUUGGAGCCCAGCCCAGUUUUGUGCCCGCAGUUCCAGUACCCAGCAGCAGCAGCAGCUGCAGCGGAGGCGGCAACACAGUUGCAACUGUUGGAAGUGGUGGCAUCAGCAGCACUGCAACGGAUCGUCAUAGGGAACGCAUCAGGCAACAGGCAUGUGGCAAGCUGCAGUUUGGUGAAGGAGCCGCAAACACACAUCACUUCACGUCAGAUGAUCUCGAAGAUUUGGGCGAGAUUGGUCGUGGAGCAUUUGGCGCGGUUAACAAGAUGAUUUUUAAGAAAUUAGAUAAGGUGAUGGCAGUGAAGCGCAUACGCUCGACUGUCGAUGAAAAGGAGCAGAAGCAAUUGCUAAUGGAUCUCGAGGUAGUCAUGAAGUCAAACGAGUGCAUCUACAUUGUGCAGUUUUACGGGGCGCUUUUCAAGGAAGGAGAUUGCUGGAUAUGCAUGGAAUUAAUGGACACCUCUCUGGACAAGUUCUACAAGUACAUAUUCGAGAAAAAACAGCGGCAUAUUCCCGAGUCCAUACUUGCCAAGAUCACUGUGGCUACGGUGAAUGCUCUCAAUUAUCUAAAGGAAGAGCUGAAGAUCAUACAUCGCGAUGUAAAGCCGAGCAAUAUUCUAUUGCAUAGGCGUGGUGACAUUAAACUAUGUGAUUUUGGCAUCUCUGGGCAGCUAGUCGAUUCGAUAGCCAAAACUAAGGACGCGGGUUGCAGGCCGUAUAUGGCGCCAGAGCGUAUUGAUCCGGAGCGCGCCAAGGGUUACGAUGUUCGGAGCGAUGUUUGGUCCUUGGGUAUAACACUAAUGGAGGUGGCAACUGGCACUUUUCCUUAUCGCAAGUGGGGUUCAGUAUUCGAACAGCUAUGCCAGGUUGUCCAAGGCGAUCCGCCACGUUUACAUACAUCAUAUAAUGGCAUGGAGUUCUCUCAGGAGUUUGUGGAGUUUGUUAACACUUGCUUAAUAAAGAAGGAAAGUGACAGACCCAAGUACAACCGGUUGUUGCAGAUGCCAUUUAUAAGGCGUGGUGAGAAUAGCCAUACAGAUGUUGCUGCCUAUGUGGCAGAUGUGCUGGAGUCUAUGGAAAGCGAUGGUAUCACGCAAUUUACAACCAAUCAGCCAGCGGAAAGUUAAUCUAAAACGAGUCAUAAAGCAACUGCAGUAGCAAACAAAAAGCAACACUAAAAUAAAAAAUAAAAGAAGAUAAAAAGGAAAACUAGUAUAUUGUUGUCUACUUUGUAGCAUUCGUAGUAAACGUAGCGCGUAUUUUGUUAAAACAAAGAAAAAAAGCUAAAGAAAAAAAGAAAAGAAAA